CCCGUUCUUCGCGCCCAGAUAGAAGAUAAUUUUACGGACGGCAAUUUCACUGCAAAUCCUACGUGGCAAGGAGAUGUAGGCAGUUUUGCGGUGAAUGCAGCAGGUCAAUUGCAGCUUAUGGCACCUGCCGGAGGCUCAGCAUUGUUGCAAACACAAGGCAAUAUUCCCGAUAGCGCCGUCUGGCGGGUGUGGGUGAAGCUCAAUUUUGCGCCAUCUACUUCCAAUUACCUGAAGCUUUAUCUGAUGUGCGAUCAGCCGGUGCUUACUUUGGGCAAUGGCUACUUCCUACUCAUUGGCGAAAGUGGCAACGUAGAUGCUUUGAAGCUCUAUCGGCAGGAUGGCAGUACUUCAGUGUUAUUGGGCAGCGGAAGUGUUGGCACUGUAGCUGCUGAGCCGGCUUUAGCGCGCAUAAAGGUUGUUCGUAAGGUGAAUGGCGAUUGGUCAUUGUCGGCCGAUUAUAGCGGAGGGCAAACUUUGGUGCCGGAGUUUACGCCCGAUUUGCCUGAUACUCAACCACCAAGUGUAGUGGCUGUGACCGCUUUGGACUCGCUUCGUUUGGAAGUGGAUUUUGAUGAAGCUUUGCUUUCUAGCACCGCUUUGGAUGUAGCGCGUUAUGCUGUGAAUAAUGGCAUUGGCCAGCCGGUAGAGUCGGCAUUGAAUGGAAAUACCUACACCCUCACGGUGCAAGGUAUGAAAGAUGCGCUUGGCAAUACCCAGACUCAGGCGCAAACUAUUGAUUUUGAGUAUCUUCUACUGAGUGUGCCGCAGCCUGGCGACCUUGUAGUGAAUGAGAUAUUGUUUAAUCCCAACACCGGCGGUUCGCGCUAUAUAGAGUUGCUCAACAAUCUACUUGCCAACAGAAACAAAGCCGUGCAAGUGCAAGAAGUCCACACCUUUACCUCCAAAAUGGAUACCGAGCAGCCCAAAACUGUGGAUGAUAUUGUAGCCCAAGAGCCACCCUCUGUGUUUACUCAAAUGGAAUCUUUGAUAGCGGAAAUAUCGCAAGAAGAAAUGGCCUUGCACGAUGUAGCUCAUGUGAAAACAGAGGUGACGGAAGAGCCAGACGAUGACGAUUUGGACGAUUUGCAGCCCAAUUUACAGCAAAAAUUGGAGGUGCCUUCGCCUAUGGAUAUGCCCGGGCUGCAGUCGGUGGAGCGCAUAAUGCCGACAGCGAAGCAAACCAAUGAAGCAUUGAUGGAGCGGUUUGAGCAUGCAAAACAUUUACUUUAUGAGAAAAAAGACGCCAACCAGGCGCAUAUAGAACUUGAAAAGCUCUUUGAUACCGGUUUUCCUGAAGAUGUCUUGUACAACCUCUUGGGUGAAGUGGCAUUUGUGAAAGGCGAAUUUAUCUUUGCACGCAAUUGCUGGGAUAGAGUGACCAAUAUCAACCCGAAAUUUCCGUUCAUCUUUCUUAAACUGGGCAAUCUUACCAAAAACCACUUCAAUGGUUUUAAAAAGACUUCGGCAGAAUAUUACAAGAGAGCCAUUCAAGAAAAUCCGGAAAACCCCACAGCCUAUUUUGAGUUGGCCGAUGUAAUGCACCAAUAUCUCGAUAAGGAUAAAAAAGCCACCAAAUAUUAUGAGAGAGAAAGUGAACGAUGCCUUGCCGAGGCCAAUAGGUUGGAAGAAGCACAAGCGCCUAAGCCAACCGGAUUACCUCCAAUCCCCGAAUCUACCCCAACUCCCGAACAAGUAAGCAGCCCCAAAGCGUUAAAAAUAACCUCCGAAGUGCCGCCUAUUGCACAACAACAGGAGCAAGUAGAACAUGAAAGACCUGUUGCGCCGCCCAAAACCCUCCAAAUUGUGCUCAUCACAGGUGCUACCUCGGGCAUCGGAUUGGCAACCGCAAAGCGUUUUGCUGAGCUUGGCUGCAAACUGAUACUGACCGGAAGGCGCCGUGAGUUGCUUAUGGCUGCCCAAGCAGAGCUUGCCAAGGAAAAUCCGGGCACCCAGAUAAAAUUGCUCAAUUUUGAUGUGCGUGAACCCGAAACUGCUCGUGCUGCACUCAAUUCAUUGCCCGAAGAUUGGCAAAAUAUCGAUAUUUUGGUCAACAAUGCCGGUCUCGCUAAAGGUUUUGAUCCGAUUCAUGAAGGCAAGCUAGAGCAUUGGGAAACCAUGAUUGAUACCAAUAUCAAAGGACUGCUGUACGUCACGCUGAGCCCCGGACAUGUAGAGGAAACCGAAUUUGCCAUCACUCGCUUCGACGGCGAUAGCGAAAAAGCAGCUAUUUACUCCGAUUUUCAGCCGCUCAAAGCCGAAGAUGUAGCCGACGCUAUAUUUUAUAUGGCUACGCGACCUCCACACGUGAACAUCCAGGACAUUUAUAUGUUUGGUGUACAGCAAGCCGGCCGCACCGAAGAUGGCACUCCACAAGAUGGCGAGUGCGUUGUCGUACAGAAUCACCGACAAGAAUUUCUUGCGCAUGGGCAUUACAAUAAUGGUAGCAUAGCUGUACGGAUAUUGAGUUAUGUCCUUUCUGAUGAUUUACAAAACCCCGAUUUCUGGCUUAAGCGCUUCGAAAAUGCUUUUUCCAUGCGCAAAACCAUUGGCUUGCCUCAAGAAGAUGUCACCAAUUGCUUCCGACUCGUACAUGGUGAGGGCGACUACCUCCCCGGAUUGAUUGUAGAUGUAUAUGCACACGUAGCUGUGGUACAAUGCCAUUCUGUAGACUGGGUCACCGGACAAAAGACAGGCUUUUUCCUCGAUCAACGCGACAACCGUCAAUUGCUCGGGCAUUAUGCCAAAGGAAAGCGCGUACUCAAUACCUUUUGCUAUACCGGGGGCUUUUCGCUCUACGCUUUACAAGGCGGGGCUACACUCGUGCAUUCCGUAGAUGUGUCAGCUAAGGCAAUGGCACUCACCGAAACCAAUGUACAGCUAGCAGGAGAAGUAGCUGCAGCCCGUCAUCAAGGCUUCACCGAAGAUGUGAUGCCCUUCCUGAAAAACGAUACCACACUUUACGAUAUCGUCAUUGUGGAUCCACCGGCCUUCGCCAAAACGCUCGAUAAACGCCACAAUGCCGUACAAGGCUACAAACGCCUCAAUGUGGCUGCCCUCCAAAGAGUGAUAGAUCGCGCUUUGUUUUACAACACCAUUGUAGCAGCAGCCCUCGAAGCCGGCCGCAAAGCUAGAGUUAUUCACCAUCUCAGCCAAUCACCCGAUCACCCGACUGGCUUUGCUUAUGGCGACAAAGCUUACAUCAUUGUAGAACGCACCGGCGGACAGCUAGAUCAGCCACACCAACUCCGUUCUGGACAGACCAUCAGCUUUUUCUGCAACCAACCCCACGUUGUACAGCCUGAAAAGCAAGGCAUUAUCAACUUCGUGCAGCGCAACCGCAUGAAAAUCAUCCUUUAUGCCCAUGAUGUACCCGACUGGAUCAAUAUGGGUGCCCUAGGCAUCGAUAUGGUAUUUGAUGAACGCUCCUACAAAGAAAUGGAGUCAGCCCUCGCCAAAGUCAUCGCCGCCAAAGGCAAUCGCCUGGCAGAACUUCGCGAUAUUUUUUCCGGCAAAAUAGCACCCCAACAAGUUUUGAUACCUCAUCAAAUCGACCUACCGAACCUCAAUGCCAGCCAAAAUGCAGCCAUUAGCCAUAUUUUGCAUACCAAUGACGUUUCGCUCGUGCACGGACCACCCGGCACCGGCAAAACCACCACCAUCGUAGCCGCCAUACAACUCCUCACCAGGACCGAAAGCACCGUACUCGUUUGCGCCCCUAGCAAUACCGCCGCCGAUCUCCUCACCGAGCGUCUGGCCGAAAAAAACCUCAAAGUCGUGCGCAUAGGCAAUAUCAGCCGCAUGGACGACAAUAUCAUCCCUUACACCCUCGAUUCCCUGCUCUCCAACCAUCCUGACAGCCGACACAUAAAAAAAGUGAAGAUGCAGGCCGCCGAAGCACGUCGCCAAGCAGGCCGGUUUAAGCGUACAUUCGAUAGAGACGACCGCCUGGAAAGGCAGCAACUCAAAGCCGAAGCCUACGAAUUGCUCGCUUGGGUCACCCAAUUGGAAGACAAAUUGGUCAACGAUCUCCUCACCGAUGCCGACGCCAUCAUUUCCACGCUCGUAGGCGCGGCGCACCCCGUGCUCGACAAAUUUCGCUUCCGCACUGUAGUCAUCGACGAAGCAGCACAAGCCCUCGAGCCUGCCACCUGGAUACCCAUUCUCAAGGCGAGUAGGGUAGUGCUAGCAGGCGAUCCUUUGCAGUUGCCCCCAACCGUAAAGAGCCACGAAGCCGCCCGAAAAGGGCUAUCCAAGACGCUUUUGGAGCGCGCCAUUGCGCAUUUUCCUUAUGUUUCCUUACUAAAUGUGCAGUAUAGGAUGCACUCGGCCAUCAUGGGAUUUUCCAACGAUUACUUCUACCGCGGCGAAUUGACAGCCGACAGCCAAGUAGCCGAAAAACGCCUCGUCUGCCUCGAAAAACUGACCGAUAUAGUCCAUAUUUUCGAGCCGGUGGUGUUCAUCGAUACCGCCGGAUGCGAUUUUGAAGAAAAGCAAGUGAUACCCACCAACGCCAACAAAAACGACCCAUUCAAAGCCACCAGCCGCUACAAUCCCGAAGAAGCACUCCUCGUGCGGGAGCAUAUUUUGAAGGUACUCAACCGAUUUGAGCCUGAAAAUCUGCCAUCUUUUGGCGUACUUUCGCCCUACCGUGAGCAAAUCAACCACCUCGAAGAGAUCCUGCGCGGCGAUGCAGAAAUAGCACCUUUUUUUGAUAAAUUCGCCACCGAAAGCCUAUAUAAGGUUCUGACAGUCAGCACAAUAGAUGGAUUUCAGGGGCAAGAGCGCGACGUCAUGUACAUAUCGCUCGUGCGCUCCAACAACAAAAACGAGAUAGGUUUCCUCUCCGAUUACCGCCGCAUGAACGUCGCCAUGACCCGAGCUCGCCAGCUCCUCGUCAUCAUAGGCGAUAGCGCCACCAUAGGCAACAACCCCUUCUACAGUGCCAUGCUCGACUACUGCGCCGCCCAUGGGCAGUACCAAACAGCAUGGGAAUACCUGCAAUAA